UGCAUUUGCAGAAAGUCAGAAUAAAGUGCAAACGAAAAGCCCAGAAAAAGGCCUGACCAACCAACAAGGCAGUCUUAGAUUCUUGUAAAAAUUUUGUUGAUGGGAAAUACAGAAUCAACUUCUGGUGACACAUCUCGAGACUUUCCACAUGAAGCCUCCGGAUAUGCUGGAAAUCCAGUUGAUCCUAGUUAUCAACACCAACAUCCAAUCUAUGCUGGAAAUCCAGUGGACACUAAAUAUCAGCAGCAGCCACCAGCAUCUGCAACAAGUUCAUUGAACAGUAACAACCAGAGGAAGCAUCGACCAACCUAUAUAGCUGAUAACUUCAAUUCACUAGAAGAGGUGGUUACUGCAUUAAGAGAAGAAGGCCUCGAAUCAUCAAAUUUAAUUCUGGGAAUUGAUUUUACACAGAGUAAUGAGUGGACAGGAAAGUAUUCAUUCAACAGGAGAAGCCUUCAUGCAAUGGGCACUACACCUAAUCCAUAUCAGCAAGCUAUCUCCAUCAUUGGGCGGACAUUAUCACCUUUUGAUGAAGAUAAUUUGAUACCUUGUAUCGGAUUUGGGAUGGUUACAUCCACACAUGAUCAGCAUGUGUUCAGCUUUUACCCUGACCAUCGACCUUGCCACGGAUUUGAAGAAGCUCUUGCAAGAUAUAAAGAGAUUGUGCCUCACCUAAAGUUAUCAGGUCCAACAUCCUUUGCACCAAUAAUUGAUUCUGCAGUUGAUAUUGUAGAGAGAAGCAAUGGGCAAUAUCAUGUCCUUGUAAUUAUUGCUGAUGGACAGGUUACUAGGAGUUCCAAUACACCACAUGGAAGGUUUAGUCGACAAGAGCAGGCAACUAUUAAUUCUAUAGUUGCUGCAAGUGAAUAUCCUCUUUCAAUCAUUCUUGUUGGUGUCGGGGAUGGACCUUGGGAUGAAAUGCAACAAUUUGAUGACAACAUUCCUCAACGUGCUUUUGACAAUUUUCAGUUUGUGAACUUCACAAAAAUCAUGUCCGAGCACACCAAUAUGGCAAAAAGAGAGGCAUCAUUUGCAUUAGCUGCUCUGAUGGAAAUUCCUUUCCAAUACAGAGCCGCCCUAAGCCUACCAUUCAAUGAAAAUUCUGGAGGUCCCAGAAGUAGGGUACUCCCUCCUCCACGUGAAGUUAUAGAUCAUGAUAAUUCUUUAAAAUCAUCCCCACACGUGACAAGCUUUGAACCAGUUGACCAUGGACCUCCAGCAGAUCAAGUUUGCCCAAUAUGCUUGACAAAUCCGAAGGAUAUGGCUUUUGGAUGUGGACAUCUGACAUGCAAGGAUUGUGGCAUCACCAUAUCGACGUGCCCCUUGUGUCGGGAGCCCAUCAAAACUCGCAUAAGACUCUAUGGUUGAUCAUGAAAUUCAUCUGGCAAACGUUUGAAGGUCUGCAGUAGUUGUACAAUACAUGAAGGUCACAGGAAACAAGAUUGUUGUACUCUGUUCCAAGCCACUAAAUCUUUCGAGGACGAAGGCAUUAAAUUUCAUGUUGUGUGACUUUGUAACCUGCAUGUAACAUAGUUGUGAAUUAGUUUCCUCUUACGAUUGUUUUAUUUCAGUAAUGGCUGAGCAAUAUGUACAGUUGAUUCCAAGGAAGUGUCUCAGAAUUUUUAUAUUUAUUUUUUUGACUUUACCUAUUAUCA